UCUUGGUCUUGGUCAUUCUUCAUAGUACUUUUGUUUACCUUUUACAAAUCAUUCACUCUUUAUCUCUCUUUUAAGAGUUUGAUUUUUAUAAAACCCCUAUAAGGCUAUAAAUAUCUUAUACAACAUGAAGAACAUGUAUUCCCACAUAUUGCUUCUUGUGACUAUUAUUUUCUUGGUACUUAACCUUGGCGAAAGUCUCCAUCCUCAUCAUUUUACUUCCCAAGUAAAAAGUGCUCAAGGAGAAGCUCAAAGUCAAAAAAAUUCUCAGGAUACAAAACAUGUGGAGCUCGGAAUGGACCUAUACCCAACGGGAUCAAGCAUACCUGAUUGCUCACACGCGUGCGGGCCAUGUUUUCCAUGUCGAAGGGUGAUGAUAAGCUUCACGUGUUCCAUGCCUGAAUCAUGUCCUGUUGUCUAUAGAUGUACUUGUAGAGGCAGAUAUUAUCAUGUUCCAUCUAAUUGAUGUAUGGUUAAUGUGACUCUUGAUGACUUGAUGGAAAAUUUAUUGUACGUGUAAUGUAGUUGUGAGACUAGAACAUUUUGGGAAUUUAUAAUAUUAGAGCAGAGUUUUUUGGAUAGGAUCUACGAGAUUGUAAAGUUGGGUAUUUUUAUUGCUAUUCUAUAGUUAACUUUAAUU